GCGGAUGUUGAAGGAGGAGUCGAUCCAGUCCUCGUUUCUUUUCCCACACAGCUUUCGAGCACUUGACGCUUCUCUGCAACUCUUCUCAAAUUACAAUCCCAACAAGAUUCCACAGCUCAAUGCAACUUUUGUUCUUAAAGCAGAAUCAAUCAACCCUCCACUCAGCUUGUUAUUAAGACAAUUAGCUAGUGAAUGUUUUUCCUCAAACCCUUCUGAGUAGGCUACUUUUCGACAGGUGUUUUGGGCAGAGUGCCCGGAAGAAAAAUGUCCAAUGGGAAAGAUGCACCUGCUGCGGCAAAUGUGUGUGUGCACAGCUCCUCACAGAUGACCCUGCAGGUGUGCCUUGAGGAGUGUAUGGAGGCCCUGGACCUCUUCCUCAACAACCACUUCAGUGAGAGCCUGGACAAACUGCGGCCACGGGUGAAAGAGAGCAUGUACCAUGCUCUGAUCUACGCCACUGUGCUGGAGAUGCAGGCUAUGAUGACCUUCCAGCAGGAUGACAUCGUCAACGCAGGCAACACCAUGAAGAGUGCCCAGGAGGUCUGCCAGAGGUUUCGACGAAAGUCCCCUAGUAAUAUCAGUAAAUCACCUGGAGAGCAUCUAACUGAAGAGCAGCUCCAAGCUCUCCAUGCUGAUGCGUGUUAUGCUGAAUGCUUGCUCCAAAGGGCUGCUCUCACCUUCCUACAGGAUGAGAACAUGGUGAGUUUUAUCAAAGGAGGAAUCAAAGUACGCAACAGUUAUCUGAUUUACAAGGAGCUGCACACCUUCCUACAGUCUAACAGCUCUCUCCAAGGACCCAACCACAUUCACUUAGAGGGAGGAGUGUCUUUUGGGAUCGGAGCAUUCAACUUGACUCUUUCCAUGUUUCCACCUCGGUUACUCAAAGUUUUAGAGUUUGCUGGCUUCUCUGGAGACAAGGAGUAUGGUCUGUCCCAGCUGAAUGAUGGUGCCACUACAAACAACCUGCGCUCCAUGCUGUGUGCCCUGCUGUUGCUCUGUUACUACACCUUCCUCACCUUCAUACUCGGGACCGGUGAGGGGGACGUGGCUGAUGCUGAGAAGCUGCUGAAGCCUUUCCGGCUCCGCUACCCACAGGGGGCCAUAUUUCUCUUCUUUGCAGGCAGGGCUGAGGCAAUCAAGGGGAACAUCGAUGAGGCGGUGGUGCUGUUUGAGGAUGGCUGCAAAGCUCAGCAGCAGUGGAAGCAGUUUCACCACAUGUGCUACUGGGAGCUGAUGUGGUGCUUCACCUACAAGUGCGUGUGGCGGAUGGCCUACUUUUACGCUGACCUACUGAGCAAUGAGAGCCGCUGGUCCAAGGCUAUGUAUGUGUACAUGAAGGCUGCUUACCUGAGCAUGCUUGCUCCUGGGGAGGCUAGGCCUUUUGGGGAAGAUGAGGUGGAGCUUUUCAGACGAGUGUCCACCUUCAAGCAAAAGAUAGCAGGGAAGUCUCCACCCACAGAGAAGUUUGCCAUUCGCAAGGCUAGACGUUACAAAGCUAGCUGCCCAGUGAGGCUCCCAGUACCUGUGCUGGAGAUGAUGUACAUGUGGAACGGCUUCUCCAUGAUCAGCAAGCGGCCAGAGCUGACCGAGGGCAUGCUGCAAACACUGGUGGAGGCAGAGCGCACCCUGCUGGAAUCUCCCGUGAAUGAGUAUUCAAUGGAUGACCGCUGUGUGAUCUACCUACUGAAGGGGCUGUGUCUGAAGAACCAGCGACACAUUCAGGCUGCAGAGGAAUGCUUCAACAAGGUGUACAACAGUGAGAAGAAGAUCAAGUUUGACCAUUACCUAGUGCCCAACGCUCUGCUGGAGCUCAGUGUGGUCUACAUAGACACGGGCCGCAAGGAGGAGGCCAUCAAACUACUGGUGAAAGCUAAAACUAACUACAAGGAGUACUCCAUGGAGUCACGCACCCAGUUCAGGAUCCAUGCUGCUCUCUCCAAACUCAAGGCUGACACUAGUGACCAAGAUGAAAUCACACCACUGUAGUUUAACAGGUGUCAUUGUGCUGAGCAAGCACUGGACUUGCUUCCCCUGCCGUGUGUAGACGUUCCGAGAAGACUUGCUCUCUUUUACAUCUUCAGCUACUUUGAUCACUGCCUCCAAAUGUUACUUGCUUUGUGGUGAAAGUCUCCGUCCUGCAUGGAUGGUGAUCUUUCCCUGAUUUAAAACACUUGAGUUUUGAAUGGGGGUUGGUAGAAGUUGCCUCUACCUGCUGGUUCAAGAUCAGAGGCAUUUUAUCCACCUACUGCGUGAACACCCUGAUCCUACAUCUGUAGUUAGAAGCUGAACCUAUCUUCAGUGUUUGAAUGUGUGGUACUUAUAUCACUGUACUGGUUACCCAGAACAAUAGAUGGGGAGGCAGAUGCUCAAAACAAUUUGAAUAUGGUAUAUCCACAUUUUUUUGUGGGGAAAAACAUGUUGAAAUGAACUUAUUAACAAUGUAAGUUGUGAGGUAGAGUUUUGCUUUUAACUUCUCCAAAAGUGAUUACUGUAAGCAUUUUGACAAAAGCACCCAUUUAGUGAUAAUUGAGUUAGACAGACAUACGACUACAUAACGUAUGACAUUGCUUUGAUCCAAGUUAUUUUAACAAAUGUAUUAACAUUUAUGUAUUAGUAGAUGUAGAAGAAGCUUAAUAAUCAAUAGGUCAUGCUACAUUUGAAGUCAUAAGUUUAUAUACACCUUAGUCAAAUAUAUUUAAACUCAGUUUUUCACAAUUCCUGACAUUUAAUCCCAGUAAAAAUUCCGUUUUAGGUCAGUUAGAUUACCACUUCCUUUUACGAAUAUGAAAUGUCAGAAUAAUAGUAGAGAAUGAUUUCAGCUUUUAUUUCUUUCAUCACAUUCCCAGAGGGUCAGAAGUUUACAUAUACUCAAUUAGUAUUUGGUAGCAUUGCCUUUAAAUUUUUUAACUUGGGUCAAAUGUUUUGGACAGCCUUUCACAGGAUUCCCACAAUAAUUUGUGUGAAUUUUGGCCCAUUCCUCCUGACAGAGUUGGUGUAACUGAGUCAGGUUUGUAGGCCUCCUUGCUCGCACAUGCUUUUUCAGUUCUGCCCACAAAUUUUCUAUAUGAUUGAAGUCAGGGCUUUGUGAUGGCCACUCCAAUACCUUGACUUUGUUGUCCUUAAGCCAUUUUGCCACAACAUUGGAAGUAUGAUUGGGGUCAUUGUCCAUUUGGAAGACCCAUUUGCAACCAAGCUUUUAACUUCCUGACUGAUGUCUUGCUGUUGCAUCAAUAUAUCCACAUAAUUUUUCUUCCUCAUGAUGCCAUCCAUUUUGCCACCUCCGUGCUUCACAGUUGGGAUGGUGUUUUUCUGCUUGCAAGCCUCCACCUUUUUCCUCCAAACAUAAUGACUGUCAUUAUGGCCAAACGGUUGUAUUUUUGUUUCAUCAGACCAGAGGACAUUUCUCCAAAAAGUACGAUCUUUGUCCCCAUGUGCAUUUGCAAACCGUAGUCUGGCUUUUUUAUGGCGGUUUUAGAGCAGUGGCUUCUUCCUUGCUGAGCGGCCUUUCAGGUUAUGUCGAUAUAGGACUCGUUUUACUGUGGCUAUAGAAACCUUUACCUGUUUCCUCCAGCAUCUUCAUAAGGUCCUUUGCUGUUCUGGGAUUGAUUUGCACUUUUCGCAGCAAAGUACGUACAUCUCUAGGAGACAGAACGCGUCUCCUUCCUGAGCGGUAUGACUGCUGUGUGGUCCCAUGGUGUUUAUACUUGCGUACUGUUGGUACAGAUGAAUAUGGUGAAUAUAUGAAUAUAUACCUUCAGGUGUUUGGAAAUUGCUCCCAAGGAUGAAGCAGACUUGUAGAGGUCUACAAUUUCUGAAUUUUGAUUUUCCCAUGAUGUCAAGCAAAGAGGCACUGAGUUUGAAGGUAGUCCUUGAAAUAGAUCCAUAAGUACACCUCCAAUUGACUCAAUUGAAUUAGCCUGUCAGAAGCUUCUAAAGCCAUGACAUUUUCUGGAAUUUUCCAAGCUGUUUAAAGGCACAGUCAACUUUGUAUGUAGACUUCUGACAAACUGGAAUUGUGAUACAGUGAAUUAUAAUUGAAAUAAUCUGUCUUUAAACAAUUGUUGGAAAAUUACCUAUGCACAAAGGAGAUGUCCUAACCAACUUGCCAAAACGAUAGUUUGUUACAAGAAAUGUGUGGAGUGGUUCAAACACUUAGGUUGGAGUCAUUAAAACUAGUUUAUGUACACUUCAGACUUCAACUGUAUGUUGUCCCUGCUGCAAUGUACAGAGGAAAGUAGUCAGUUGAAAUAAGUUUAACCUCACUAACCUCUGAUAUUCAUUACUUAAAAUAAUGUUUAGACUCACUCAAGACCUUGUACAAAGAAAGGCGUGGUUAAAAGAUUUGAAAAACAUAAUUAAAUAUGUCCAUUUGCUACAAGCCCUUUUUAUUAUAUUUUACUGGAGCAUAACCCGUCCUUGUCCAUAUUGGCUUAUAAAUAACAAACUGAUUAAGAGGUGACAUUAUGUGACUUUACAGAAAGAUUUAUGACUAGUACCUAAGCGGAGUAUACAAAACAUUAUGAACACCUGCUCUUUGCCUGACAGACUGACUGCGCUAUGAUCCCUUAUUGAUGAAUGGGAGGAGACGGGUUAAAGGAUUUUUACACCUUGACAAUUGAGACAGAUUUUGUAUGUGUACCAUUCAGAGGGUGAAUGGACAAUUCAAGUGCCUUUGAACAGGGUAUGGUACUGGGUGCCAGGUGCACUGGUUUGUGUCAAGAACCAUUUUUCACAUUUUAACAGUUUCCUGUGUGUAUCAAGAAUGGUCCACCACCCAAAAGACAUCCAGCCAAAUUGACACAAGUGUGGGAAGCAUUGGAGUUAACAUGGGCCAUGAUCCCUGUGGAACAUACUCGACACCUUGUAGAGUCAAUGCCCUGACAAAUUGAGGCUGUUCUGAGGGCUAAAGGAGGAGGUGUAACUCAAAUAUUAGGAAGGUGUUCUUAAUGUUUUGUAUAAUGUGUAUAAACUUACCUGCUACUUCCUUGAACUUAAUCGGUGGAUCAUGACAUCACACCCAGUGUCAAUCAUGGGGCGGCAGGUAGCCAAGUGGUUAGAGCGUUGGGCCAGUAACUCAAUGGUUGCUGGAUUGAAUCCACAGCUGACGAGUUAAAAAUCUGUUCUGCCCCUGAACAAGGCACUGUUCCGCGGUAGGCCGUCAUAAAUGAGAAUUUGUUCUUCA